CGGGCUGAGGCUCAAGGGUCCUGGAGGCCCAACGGCUACAGGAAAGAAGGGUAGGGACAUGGCUUACAGUCUGAUGAGGAAGCAUUGCUUUUUGCUCUAUAUCCCUUUUCUUUCUCUGGCCUGGGUCUUUGUGGUCUCUCCCUUGUCCCUGGGUGUCCAGGCACCCUGGUACAACCUGUCUGGGAGUUAAUAUUUACACAGCAUGAGGGGUGCCCUUGGUACUACCCCCCCCCCAGCAGGUUGGUACAUGGGGCGGAGUCUAGGCACUGGAGUGAGACAGAGGCACAGAGGACUACUUUGCAGGCCUGGGGGAGGGGGCAGGUACAAGGCCAGCGUCUGCUCAGGACAUCUGGCACCCGUGACCUUGCUGAGGAAAGGAGUCAGAAGUAGGGUGUCUGGGGCCUGGCACCCCUGCCUGAGAGGGGAAGGAGUUCCUACCCUCUGCUGUGGAUGCGAGCCCUGAGAUUUCCUGAGCUUCCAAAGAGCCACCACCCCCGCCGCGCAUCCGCCGUGCCGGGGCGCCGAGGGAUGAGGACCCCACGGCGCGGUGGGACGCCUUCAUCGUGGGAGCCGGGCCGCGCCUGACGCCUGUCCGCACCCCGCGCGCGCGCGCACCGGCCUCGGCCUCCGCAUGGAGCGGCUGCAGAAGCAACCUCUUACCUCCCCCGGGAGCGUCAGCUCCUCCCGAGACUCCAGCGUGCCCGGCUCUCCCUCCAGCAUCGUGGCCAAGAUGGACAACCAGGUGCUGGGCUACAAGGACUUGGCUGCCAUCCCCAAAGACAAGGCCAUCCUGGACAUCGAGCGGCCCGACCUCAUGAUCUACGAGCCCCACUUCACCUACUCCCUGCUGGAGCACGUGGAGCUGCCCAGAAGCCGCGAGCGCUCGCUGUCGCCCAAAUCCACAUCCCCCCCACCCUCCCCAGAGGUGUGGGCGGAGAGCCGGACCCCUGGAAUUCUCUCUCAGGCUUCAACCCCCAGAACCACAGGAACCCCCCGGACCAGCCUGCCCCAUUUCCACCAUCCUGAGACUACUCGCCCAGACUCCAACAUCUACAAGAAGCCACCCAUCUAUAAGCAGAGAGAGUCCAUGGGGGGCAGCCCGCAGAGCAAGCACCUCAUCGAGGACCUCAUCAUCGAAUCGUCCAAGUUCCCAGCCGCCCAGCCCCCCGAUCCCAACCAGCCGGCCAAGAUCGAAACCGACUACUGGCCAUGCCCCCCUUCACUGGCUGUUGUGGAAACCGAAUGGAGGAAGCGGAAAGCAUCUCGCAAGGGGGCAGAAGAAGAGGAGGAGGAGGACGACGACGACUCAGAAGAGGAGAUAAAGGCCAUCAGAGAGCGUCAGAAGGAGGAACUUAGUAAGGUUACUUCCAACUUGGGAAAGAUGAUCUUGAAAGAAGAAAUGGAGAAGUCAUUGCCCAUCCGGAGGAAAACACGCUCCCUGCCUGACAGGACACCCUUCCAUACCUCUUUGCAUCCAGGGACAUCCAAGUCGUCUUCUCUUCCCUCCUACGGCAGGACCACCCUGAGCCGGCUACAGUCCACAGACUUCAGCCCAUCGGGGAGCGAGGCAGGAAGCCCAGGCCUGCAGAACGGAGAGGGCCAGAGGGGGAGGAUGGACCGGGGGAACUCCCUGCCCUGUGUGCUGGAGCAGAAGAUCUAUCCCUAUGAAAUGCUGGUGGUGACCCACAAGGGACGAACCAAGUUGCCCCCAGGGGUGGAUCGAAUGCGGCUUGAGAGGCACCUGUCCGCGGAGGACUUCUCCAGGGUCUUUGCUAUGUCUCCGGAAGAGUUCAGCAAGCUGGCCCUGUGGAAGCGGAACGAGCUCAAGAAGAAGGCUUCUCUCUUCUGACUGUCACAGCCACGGGCCUGGUGACAGUCCCUCCUUGCUGCUCCAGGGCUCUGGGCCCCGGGGGGAGCCACUCGACCCAAAGCACCCUCUUCCCCAGGGGGCCGGGAGCAGUGGGAGCCAGGGCACAGCUCACUGCUCAGGGAGAAGGGGAGCCAAGACCCCUGCGGUCCUGCCCUAGGCCCGGGGCUUCCUCCCACCCCAGGUCCCCGCUGCCUCCCGCAACCCAGCCUGGACUCCAGCACACACCGAGUUAAUGUUUGCACCCCCUCUCCCUGCCUGUCGCCGCCCCCCCCCCCCACAUGAAGCUCCUCAGAAGCAGGGGAGGGGAGCGAAGAGGACGCCUGGUGGUCAGGCUGUCAGCUCUCCCACACAGAGGUGGGCCAGCUGAGGGACCCCGUGUCUGCCUGCCUGAGGGGACACUCCCCCCCCUCCACCUCCACUGCUUUCCGGCAGCUCCCUGUACCCGCGAGCUUCCUGUUUCUCUGACUGACAGAGGCGGGCUUGCCCCGUCCUCUCUACUUGUGACCCCAAGCUUCAAAGCCUCCCUUGCUCUACCUCCAGGGCUCCCCACAAGCCUUGGCUAAGCGUGGAGACGCUGCCUCUACAAUCUAGCUACCACCAGCCUCCAGCCAACGCUGGCUAGGAUGCCUCCUGCCAGCACCUGCCCAGGGACCACAGAGAUGGGAUGGAGAGGCCGGGCUUGGGGCAUCUCCCUGAGGCCUGCCCCCCCAGGAUCCACCGUGUCCCGUGCACCUCCCCACACCCCAACUCAGCUGUCGACAGAAUGUAAUUUAUUGGGGCACUCCCCACCCCCCCACCCGCAGCUUCCCCCCCCCACCCAACCCCACUCACCCAACCCCACUCACUCCCAGCUCUCUUCUUCACAUACGUAUGUUUAUAUAAUUAUAUAUAUAUUUUUUUGCCCAGCUCUGGGCUGUGUGCUCCUGCCCAGACCUCGGCAUUCCCUUUCCACUGUGUGUGUGUGAGAUCAUGUUGAGAGGACUCUGCUUGGAAUUAAAAGGUUGCAUUGGGUCCCUAAAUCAA